AUGUACUUUAGGCCAGGUCGCCAAGCUGUUUGGACACUUUUUUCAAGUGGCGACAAGCAAAUUCGUAAUCUACAGGCUUCAAGCUUUAAAAUGAUACCAAGAAACCUUGGCCACCCAUGGGGUGCAGAAAAAGACUUGCAAAAACAGCCGAAAAGUCGCUUCCUAGCCUUGCAAGACAGCGAGCUCAUCGAAAUUGUUUCCAACGCACAAGCAGAAGGAACGAAAAAGCAAACAAGGUGGUCUUUAAAAGCUUUUGGAGAUUGGUGCGACGAAAAAGGCAUCUCGAAAAACACAGCAGAGAUGACAGAUGAAGAGUUAGAUGGCCAUCUCUACCGGUUUUAUGCCGAAGCUAGAUCGAAAGCUGGCCAAGGAUAUAGCCGCUCCACACUGCUUGGCUUUAGAAAUGCCAUGGAAAGGCAUCUUGCAUCGGAAGGUCGAUACGUAUCAAUCACCAAAAACCCGAGUUUUCACAAAAGCAACAAGAUGCUUGAAUCCAAACUGAAGUCUCUAAGGCGUGAAAACAAAGAAAAAGUCCAGCACAAACCAGUAGUCGAAGCAGCAGAUAUUGACAAGAUUAAAGAAAGUCCUUUCAUGAGUCCAACUACUCCCGAUGGAUUGCUGCGUAUAAAAGAUGCCGUGGGCUGUGACUAUGCACUCAUGUCUCACCAAGAAGCCACCAGAAACCACCAAGGAGGUUAUGGAGACACAAACGAAGUACUAACAAGGCUCUACAGCACCAACACCGAGGGAGAUGCAUACUGGUGUCUCAAGCUCUACAUUUCAAAGCUAAACCUUCUGCAAGAAGCCUUUUUCCAAAAGCCUAAGCAACUCAUAAAUGCCGCAGACCCAGUAUGGUACGAAAACAAGCCACUUGGUGUCAACAGUCUGGCAAAAAUGAUGAAAAAUAUCUCCAUUGGUGCCAAUUUGUCAAAGGUCUACACCAACCAUAGCGUACGAAGCACAUCGAUCACAACGCUGUCAAACUCAGGAGUUCCUUCAAGGCAUAUCAUGGCCAUUUCUGGCCAUAAGAGUGAGCAGAGUCUGGUAAGCUACAAUUCCAGACCAUCCACAAGCCAAAUAAAGCGAUUUUCUGAGAUUAUUUCCAGUGCUGUUGGGUGUGAAAUGGAAUCGUCCGGCUACCAAAACAAGCGCCAGUACAGUUCUUCAUUCUCGUCCGUUGCUUAUCCGAACGGCGCUUUCCAAUCUUGCAAUAUUUCGCAAGCCCAAAUCUUUGUUGUUCCACCAAAGAGUUAUCACAAGUGA